GCUUCAUCUGCUUCUCCAUAAACAAAUGUUAUUGUUUUAAUAUUCAUCCGCGGUAAAGAAUUUAACGGAGAAGCACGUAGCUCUCUCUUCAUUUCUGGUUAAAGUUUCAAAAAGUUAAUCAUCACCACCACAAAACAUGCGCGAGUGUCUAUCGGUACACGUAGGCCAGGGUGGCGUGCAGAUUGGUAAUGCUUGCUGGGAGCUGUAUUGUUUAGAACAUGGAAUUCAACCGGAUGGUCAAAUGCCAUCAGACAAAACUGUCGGAGGUGGAGACGACAGCUUCAAUACUUUUUUCAGCGAAACUGGAGCCGGGAAGCAUGUCCCCCGUGCUGUAUUCAUGGACCUAGAACCAACUGUAGUCGAUGAAGUGAGAACCGGCACCUACCGUCAGUUAUUUCACCCCGAACAGCUAAUUACAGGAAAAGAAGACGCAGCUAACAACUAUGCAAGGGGUCACUACACGGUCGGGAAAGAAAUUGUAGAUCUAGUAUUGGACAGGCUCAGAAAACUGGCUGAUCAAUGCACAGGGCUCCAAGGAUUUCUGAUUUUCCAUGCAUUUGGAGGAGGAACAGGAUCUGGUUUUACAAGUCUCUUAAUGGAGCGCCUCUCAGUGGAUUAUGGGAAGAAGUCUAAAUUAGAAUUUGCAAUUUAUCCAUCUCCACAAAUUUGCACAGCGAUUGUUGAGCCCUACAAUUCUCUGUUAACUACACACACGACCCUUGAACAUUCAGAUGCCGCUUUCAUGGUAGACAAUGAGGCGAUAUACGAUAUCUGCAGACGAAAUUUGGACAUCGAAAGACCCACGUAUACGAACCUGAAUAGAUUGAUAGGUCAAAUCGUUUCAUCGAUUACAGCAUCCCUCAGAUUUGAUGGAGCACUCAACGUGGAUCUGACAGAAUUCCAAACAAACCUGGUACCAUAUCCAAGGAUCCAUUUUCCACUGGCUACAUAUGCGCCGGUAAUAUCAGCAGAGAAGGCUUACCACGAGCAACUGACAGUCGCAGAGCUUACAAACUCAUGCUUUGAGCCUGCUAAUCAAAUGGUGAAGUGUGAUCCUCGGCAUGGCAAAUACAUGGCCUGCUGUAUGCUCUACAGAGGAGAUGUGGUACCCAAGGAUGUAAAUGCCUCGAUUGCUACCAUAAAAACAAAACGUACGAUACAGUUUGUUGACUGGUGUCCCACAGGGUUCAAGGUCGGAAUAAACUAUCAGCCACCGACGGUCGUCCCAGGAGGAGAUCUAGCAAAGGUACAACGAGCGAUUUGUAUGCUCGCUAAUACUACAGCAAUUGCAGAAGCUUGGGCUCGUCUGAAUCAUAAAUUCGAUGUAAUGUACUCGAAGCGAGCGUUCGUUCACUGGUAUGUUGGCGAGGGAAUGGAAGAGGGAGAAUUUUCCGAAGCCCGUGAGGACCUGGCUGCGCUUGAGAAAGAUUAUGAAGAGGUUGGCCUGGACUCGGUCGAAGGUGAAGGAGAGGGCGGAGAAGAGUAUUAGCCGAAUAUUACUCAAAUACGACUUAACUACGUUGAUGGUAGACCCGCGUAUUUAUACCAGAUGGAAGUUGUUACGUAUCGAUAGUAAAAAUGACUUUUAUCAUGUUCUUCUUGCGUUAAUAAAGGAUUGAUUAAAUUUUCGAGUAACUACAGACGACUGGAUUAGUGUUGACACAUGGAUGUUGUUAAGCGGUGUCGCUUCUAUUGAGCUAAUCAAUUAAUUCUAAUUAAAAUUUGUUUCAAAAAAUGCUAUCAAUCAAAUAACUUCAUUAACAUACGAUUAAAAGCUUGGGUAACAUUACGGUUGUUGUAAUAUAUUUCAUCUUGUUAACGAUGUUGCAUUAAAAAGUAUACUCCAACUCCA